AUGGCAGAAAAAAUGCGUUUAACUGAUCUCGAUGGUUAUCGACAACGUGCCGCUUGUAUCUGUGUGCGAAAUGAACGUGAAGAUGAGAUUCUUUUGAUAACAUCUCGUGAUAAGACAUCAUGGAUCAUUCCUGGUGGUGGCAUUGAACAAAAUGAGACAAGAAUUGACGCAGCACAUCGAGAACUGUAUGAAGAAGCGGGUGUUCGCGGACGGGUUAUUCGUGACUUGGGAAUUGUCGAAGAUAUCGCGCGAAAACGACGGACAAAUGUAUUUGUAAUCUAUGUUGAACAUGAAUACGAUGAUUGGGAUGAAAGAAGAUUAUAUGGUCGUCAACGACAUUGGUAUCGAUUGAACGAAGUUUUGUCUCUUUUGAAAGGAUCGAAACAAUCCCAAUACGAAUUCUUUCAACGUUUUUUGUUGACAUAA